AAUUAUUGAAAAGGAAAAAAAAAAAGAGAGAGAAGAAGAAAGCAACAAAGUUGUCUAGUUUUGCAGCGUUUUCAGUCUGUAUUAGAAAGAAAAAUGGAAGAUUUCAGAUCCAAAUCAUGUGGUGAUGGAAGAAUGCAGAUAGAGAGAUCGUACGGUGGGAUGAACAGUAUGCAAGAUCUGAGGUGCUACAGUGCCUCCUAUACAUAUUCAGUUCACCCCACUGAAACCCAGGCGCGCCCUAGCAACAACAACGAUGUUAAGCUGAAGAAAGGCAAGUCCGCUAAUGGGUGUUCUUCGUCAAGGAGCUGGAGCUUCACUGAUCCGGAGUUGCAGAGGAAGAAAAGGGUAGCUUCUUAUAAGGCUUAUACCCUUGAAGGAAAGGUCAAAGGGUCUUUAAAGAAGAGUUUUAGGUGGCUUAAAGGAAGGUGCACUAAAUUAAUCUAUGGCUAUUAAUCAUUUCUUUUUUUUUUUCUUUUCUGUUCAAAUUAAGAAAUGAAUUUUAGAAAGGGAUUGUCGGAUCUCAUAAAUGGGCUGUGUAAAUUAGAAGACUCUUUACUAUCACAAUCUUAUGUUAAAUCAGCUGUAAUUUAUUUGACCGGAGCUUGUUUGCUGAA